GCAGUGCGUUUCGCCACUCUGUUUGCGAGGACUCCCGCUUUCGAGUGAAAUUUCGCACUACGUCAGUGGCCUCCAAUUUGCACACAAAUCAUUUCAUCGCUGCGUGCUGUGUUCGAAUUUCAGGAUGACCAUUUUCGACGUCAUUAUUUUUAUUUGCGUAGUGGUUUUUGUACUGUGGAGCUUACUAUACUCUGGCCGUGAGGUGAGAAAAACAAUUCUACUAAAACAUAUUCAAAUAUGUAGUUCCAUUACGUGAUCUAUAGGCACAGGUCACAUAUGUUCUCGUAACUUUUGGAUAUUUCACUUUUUCUAUGUAAUCGUUUUGCAAAUACAUGAAAUAAAUUAGGUAACAAUCAACAAGGACAAGGACAAAUGAAUGGGUAUGUAAUAUUUCGCUCCGAAAUUUAUUAAGCCGCUGUAAGUUUCAUACACUAAUGACUUAAAGGUUCGUGUUUUAAUCACCUUACAUUUACGUUCACAGCAAAGCGUCUGAAGUUUCUUCAGCAGAAAAUUGUGUCUAAUUUGGUAAUGAGUUUUAGUUGAUAUGGGUGAAUUCAGUGCCGUUGUGCCGCUUAAAGGUUCUUAAAGGUUUACUAAGCCAUCAGCAGAAAGGAGUUCCGCUUUCGAUUUCAUCUGCACAAUCCUUACAUACCGGAAUAUUAGCUUACUUACAGUUUUCUCAGAAACGAAAAUUGAAUCGGGUAGGUCUCAACACUCGACAGACUUUCAUGACACUCCAGAAAAAAGUAAGGUAUACUUGUGCACUCCAUUUAAUCACAAUGCAUACAAUCAGUGAUGCUGAACCGAAUGACUUACCUUAAGAAAAUAUACCUUUAAGACGGGAUUCUUGAAACUUCCAGAUAAUCAGACAAUUCAUGGAAGGGAGAGAUCAUUAAGAUCGAAUUUCAAUUAGUGCUUUAAACAAUCUGCAUUUUUUAGGUUUCUGCGUCUGUCAGUUUACAAGCAUUUGGUUAUCGAUUUUCAACCAAAUUUCAAAGCGCAAAAUGAAAAGAAGAAUUAUUUACCGGCCGCGGUCCGGUUUUUACUCACAAUUUGUUUGUAACAAAUAAGUGAUGUAACAACAGAUGUCAAGACAGUUUCAUUUACCCUUGGAGUGAUCUACAUUAUAUGAAUAAAUAUGCAGGGGUAAAAAGCUUUUAAUCGAGAUUCGCGCACUAGGCGAUCAUCGGACCAAACACUACACCGGACAAUCCGCUGGAUAUCUGGAACCUCUGAUUAAGACAUAUCAUCCAUCAAGAGCACUAAAAUCAUCAUCCCGUUCGCUAUUAUGCACCCCAGCCAUAAAAUCUAAAACACAUGGAGGACGUGCGUUUUCCACUGCAGCCCCUCAGUUAUGGAACACUAUCCCAGAAUUAAUGUCAAAAAUGCAGACAGUGUUGCAAACAAACAAACAACAAUCUUUAUUUGUACUCACUCUUUCUCAAAAAUAAAUUACAACAAUGAAAAUAUCAAAAGCAAAAAUUAGAGUACUGGCUGCCUGGAUUAACCAUGGGGGCUAGCUAGCGGAGCCAGGCAGCCAGUUGACAUCAGCAGUAAAUAUAAUUAAGUUACAGGUCAGCAAGAAAACUGAAGCACAAAUGCACACAUAAAAAAAAAAGAAAAAAAAGGGAGAAGAGGAAAAACGCUAUUUCUACGCUAUGAAGGAAGUCUAAAAUAGUUAAAUUUAGAAAUGAAUACAAAACAUUAAUAUAGGAAAAACUUUAAAAGGUGACAGAAUUUAACAAAAAGCUAAUUUACAGGUAAUUUGGGAAACAACACAACUGCUAAUAAGAAUACAAGUAACUGAUAAUCUUUGACAAGAUCGCUUUUUACUGAUUCCUCGAAGUUUGAAAUAGAGAAGUUUUUUACAUUUUAAUUGCCACGUUUAAAACAAAACUUAAAACAUUUUUAUUCAGGAAAUAUUUCCAUUGAUUUUUAUGCUUAACAUUUUUUUAGUAUUUUAAAAUUUACAGUACUUGAUGCAUAAUAUGUCACAUAGGCUAGAGAUUUUUCUUAUUUUUCUCUUUCUCUUAUUGAUAAUGUAAAACUCAUUGGGGACAGAAAUGCGCUUAAUAAACACCUAUAUUAUUAUUAUUAUUAUUAUUAUUAUUAUCAUUAUUAUUAUUAUAUAACACUAAAUAUGCAUAGACAGGUUUCAUUUCAAAGUCAAGUUUGAUAUACAAAUAUAUUUAAGCACGGUUAGAGAGGUAUUUCGUCGCCGGGUUGGCUGCCUAGUAUAGAACCAGUGUUUUCAGUCAUGGUAGUACUUCAUGACGAGUUCUAAUUUCUUGUUUAAAAGAGAAACGUCAAUCGCAGUUAAGAUACAGAAAUGUUUUAAAGUUAUUUUUGCAGUCAGACAUAUCGAGACAAAGAUUGCAGUUGGGGGGGGUUCCUUUGUAAGAGUUUGCUCGCUUGUGUGCCGCGGUCUGAGCUGGAACGCCCUACGCAGUUUUCCACUUAGUUGAUUUAAAGUUGCCCUUGGCAUUAUCAUCAUUGGUUGAUCUUUAACGUCGUCGUGAUUCUCAUCAAAAACUUAUUCGACAAUUUAACAAUACGUAUACUUGUUAUCACUGAAAAUUCACAAUCACAUUUAGAGUCAAUACUGAAAGUUACCGGGAAUCUUAGUUGGCAUUUUAACGAUUUUAUACUAGUAUUCUUUUUAUGUUGUGUGUAAAAGAAGCUUUUCUUCAGCACGAAAUGAUCGUUUCGUUCAAUAUUCUCCACCACUCCACGGAAUUUGUGGAAGAACUCCUUGACUCUGUACUGUAUCAAGGGAUUUAAGUCACCAUUGCACAGUUUUUGUUUUUGUUUUGUUUAUUUGUUUGUUUGUUGUUGUUGUUGUUGUUUUUUUCAUUUUACGUAUGACUGCAUAACAUGCUUAAGAUCAUCCAGAAACGAUUAAAGUGUAAACGGCUGCAACGUAGACUAGAAGUUCAUUGAUGUCCUUAAAACGUUUGUCGCAUUCCGUUGCUUUCAACUUUCACCGUCGCGAUAGGCCAGGUUACUAGUACUUAGCGUGACUUAGACCUUUCUUAAAGCGUUUUUGCGUUGUUCGGAUGUCUGUACUCCUCGUUUUGUUCUCACUGCUAUCCGUGUAUUCCAUCGAGAGCUUCGAAUGUGUACCGCUCUUCCAAUCUAUUCUUGAAAUCUGUGAAUCGUGAACAUCUCUCUCAGCCAGAUGAUCAACAGAAUCGUAUGACUUUCUCAUAUUGAUCCAGCCCGUGCUCAAAUUUUGUUUAUAUCUUUGGCUGGCCUACAUGAAAAAUCGUGCGAUCUAUAAGCAAAUAAUCCAUCUUCCGCCACAUUCUUUCUUAGCCCCUCUCUGAUCCUUUUGCACGAGACUGUUCUUGUCAACGGUGUCUGUUCACUGAGUCGAGAAAGCAGGUGGAAACCACUGAUGCUUUCCAUUAUGUCAAAAUGUCCGGAAAUUUCGGUCCAAACGUAUAAAUGGAACGGUUCGUCACAGGUGGAAAUUUUACGGUCAAAGUGGUCCACCUCCAGAGGUGGUCCUCUUUGACAGUCGGUCCGGUCCGAGCGAAAAUUGCCGUUCUAUUUUCAGAAAUUUUUGUUUCCAGUCCUGCUCCAGCUCGAUCGUCACCACAGUCAAAAUGGCGGAUGGUUCAAAUGUAAGUGUUUACGAGUGCAGUGUGUGUAAGCGUCAGACGCAAGACGUAAACUUUCUCCUCAUGCACAGUUGUACACAAGGCUCAGGUACAGCAGAACAUCUUAAUUUGUUUUUUCUUGUGGUUUUUGUCAGUUUUUAAAGACAAAUAUAUUACUGGCUUCUCCGAAUGUUGACGAUGUUUUCCCGCGUUUUUCUCUUAGCGGUAUGUGACCCUAGCCCUUACGGCAUUGACAGUCAGUGCGAAAAAGAUCCACAGCUCAGUCCAACAACCUCCACUAGUUUAACCAAAGCCCUGGAAAGAUUGAAGGACACAUACAUCCGUUUACUUAUUGCAAGCUACCUGAAGUUCAAAGACGAAUUUGGGAAGUCACAUAUUACCCAACAACUCAAGUAGAUUAAGGCCUGGUUCUAAGUCAUUUGUGAUUUUUACGCAAAUUUAUCCAACAACCAUUGUUAAAGACAUCCUCCAGGAAUAACAGAUGGUAAGGUAAACUAACUUUAAAAAGAACUUGAAAAAAGAAGUCCAAAUUACCAGGUCACGUGAUCGACCACGCCCUCUUCUAUUCGAGCAACCAACGAUGCCCACUACUUCCUAAAAGAGGAGCUCCAGUUUCUCUGUAUCAAAACUUUGACCCUAUAAAGUGUCUACGAAAUCAGCCUGGAAUUUGUAGGUGCGAUUGGUGUUCAUUGAGUGAAUGACUUCGUCUCAUUCCUCCCGUUUUUACAAGAAGACUAUCAGCAGCCACUGUUUGGACCUACAAAAGGAAAGCGGUUUGUUUUCUAUAUAGUGGGCAUUUCGACCCAAAGAAUUUCUCGAUAAAAGAGCGCGUGACUGGUCACGUGCUGCAAUUAUAAACAGUUUUUAAGAUGAAAUUUGAAGAUUUCUAAGUUCUAAUCGGCUUAAUUUAUUAGACCUCGGAUAUCUUAAAAAACCUUUACAUUAGACCACCCCCUUUAAAAUUCUGAGGAAUUUGUAAAGAACCAGGCCUUAAUCUACUUGAGAAUCAAUUCGGUCGAACUUUUGGUUCCAACCGGUUAGUCCGAGUGGUCUCUGACCGGUCGGUCCGGUAUAAUGGAAAGCACCCCACUUGUAGGGGGUGUUCAGGCACGUGAUUAAUUAGACGUUUCAUUGUCGCUAGUGAACUCUUCAUGUUUAGGAAUAUAGUUGGUCUCUUACCACAGUGAGAUGUCAUGAUCUGUUCCUGCAAACAAUGUUUAAGAAACACUCUACCACAACCUCGUCCUAAGGACAUUUCUGUGAGAAAAUGGGAAGGUGGAAUCGUGUCUGGCAUGAAUAUUCCCGAGAAUAUAAUUUAUGCAACCCGCUGGAUAUACCUCUUAUUAGCCGAGUUUUCGGUCCGUACUGUAAAUUUCGGACCGAGUUUUGUUCCAUCGAUUUAUGGCCCAAGGGCGAAGCGACAUUCAACGAGAAUACCGUAAAAUUCCGAAAAUAAGCCCCUCCAUGUAUAAACCCCUCCGAAUAUACCUUCCUCUCCCCCCAGCCCAGGCCUAUACUUGGAAAAUUGCCCUCAAAUACAAGUAAAACAAAGCAAAGCCGGUAAAUUUACUUCCGACUGUAAGACUAGCCCAAUCGAUUUUGAAACGCAAAUUUGUUUCCGUACAUAAACCCUUCCGAAUAUAAGCCCCUAUAAAAAUAAGCCCCUCAAAAAAGGCCUUUGUAAAAUAUAAGCCCCGGGACUUAUUUUAGGAAUUUUACGGUAGUUUUUCUCCAAGAGUUUUUCUCGUAAUAAAAGUGAAAAACAUCUCGGAAAUUGGCGUGGAAUAGUUUCGUUUGUUUCAUUGUCGACGAAGAAAACUUUUGUCUUCUAUUUGAGCUUAAUAUUCAAAUAAACCGGCCAUUACUUAAAUUCAUUCAUUUUCAAUUGUGCAUUUAGAAAAAACAGUUAAGAUCACUUGUAGUUUUUGGAUUACCUCAUAUCCUUACACUCAGUAUAUCUUUAACACAAGUUCCAAUUCGACCAGGAAUCAGGUAGACGAAGAACCACUAUGUGGAUGGGCUACCUGCAAAUCGUUAUUUAUUUUAAGUACUAGUUCUUAUUAAUAAGCUGAUACUACGAUUUCGUUAUCAUUUCGCGGUGUGUGGCGGCAAAUUUUAGAAUUUUGGAAAGAUUUGAAAUAAAAAGGCCGUCAAAAUGAUGACAAUCUCAGUUUGUAUAUACACUCUUUUUUUUAUAACAAUGUUGUUUUUCCGGUCCAGGCUGAAUAUUCUUAUUUUUCUGCCGAUUUUAGGCUAAAAAUAUUCUUGUAUUAUUCUUAAAUUAUAGCUUAUGGCAUUUCCGUUUUAGAAUUUAUUGGGGUAUAUGUAUAUGUAUUACAUGUACCGUUCAUCGAACUGACAUUAGCGUUGAACAUUUUGCUAUAGCUAGUGCAGGUUUUUUCGUUUUGUUGGCUAGUUUCGCCGUUCAGAGAAAGGAAUAAUUUUAUGCGGUUAAGUUAAAAACAUUGUAUUGUAUUUACAGAUGUUUCAACACACAAAAUUAUAUCUAUCCUUUUCAAAAUCUCAGCCUCCGCUCUAUUCUUAAAAUAUUCUUAAAAUUUCGCAAAUUUCAGCCUCGAUAUUCUUAUAAAAUAUAUUCUUAUAUAAAAAAAAGAGUGUAAUAAAAACAAUACCACAUGGAAAGUGCGUCAUACUGUAUGUACGCAAGUGUCGUCGUUUUUGUAUCAGAAAUCGAACGAGUGAGAGUUCUGAUACGUUCACUUUUUUUUAUUAUUUGAGUGUCAAUGUAUUUAGCACUAAAGUGCUAAUUGGGGACACUAUUUUUACGUCUCCUAAUGGAGACGGUACCGCCAUUUUACGUGGUCAUCCGAGCCACGCGAAGGUCUAGCCGCUUGCAGUGCAAAGGAAGUACCUUCAUUUCUCAGUCAGUUUUAAGACCCUGAGUAAUGGUCCGGCCCCGGGAAUCGAACCCACGACCUCCCGCUCUUCAGUCAAACGCUCUACCGACUGAGCCAGUCCUGCCACGUCAAUAACUCGUGCGUAAAUACCGUACUUCCGCUCUUUCCAUGAAGUAAUCUCUAUUUCUUCUUCACAAAACUUGUAUAAACUUCCACCAUAUUCUCCAGGGCCCAGUUGCUAGAAGCAUGGUUAGCGUUAACGAGCGUUUAAUACCUUGACAACGUAUUGGUUUUGAUACUGCUUAACCAAUGGUUAAAGCUAACCAUGCUUUGAGCAACUCAGCCCAGCUCAACCAAAACAACAGAGCUACCGGGUCUUCUACUGUCGAUAUUUCUUUCUAUUUUCGUUGGUAAGUUUGCCCCGAAAUGGUCGCGCGGGCCCCAUAAAUUAGCACGUUUUCCCUCCUGGGCUCCUCGCAUAAGCUCUGGGUAUUGAGAGUAGUAUUUAAAUGCUUUGCCAUCAUCAGAUUGCUGUGUUAUGCAUUCAUGCCACGAGAUGUCAUGUACUUGCGUUUUUUGUUUUGUGCCGUUCUUUCGUCGCUGAGCAUACCUCAGCCUGAACCAAGUGCUGGUGGUGAAAAUCUCGAACCGCCCGCUGACGAGGUAGGCUGUAUUCUUUCGCUUGUUCUCCGUUGUUCUGCUCCCUCUGGACGUUCUGUGUGUUAUGCAGAAUCAAGGCUCGCCAAGGUUGUUUUGGUAAACGUACGUCUCCUUUUCUGUAGGUCUUGCGGCGUUUGUCUUCUCUCCUGUUUGUUUUCGUGGCGAGUGAUUGCUUGCAAGUCAGCCUUUCCCGCGUACGUCGCCUUUCUAACGGUGUUUUACUUUUGGCCGUAUGCGCUCUCUAAAUUAGUUUCCAUGGUGUGUGUCGCUUUCAGACUAGAUUUUAUGGCGGUAUCACUCUCUAUUUAAUUUUCAUAGCGUGUGUCGCUUUCGAUCGAGUUAUUUUCAUUACCGUACGUCGCUUUCAAGUUUUUUUUGGACGUGUGUCGUCUUCAAGUUAGUUUCCUUGGCGUGUGUCGCCUUCAAGUUGUUUAUACGGCGUGUGUCGCCUUCCAGUUAGCCUUUCCUGGCGUGUGUCGCCUUCACUCUUUAUGGGUUUCAUGGCGUCCUUCGUAUUUUGCUCUCCAUUUAGUUUUAUAGCGUGUGUCGCCUGCAAGUUGUUUUUAUGACGUAUGUCGCCUCCACGUUGUUUGGUCUUGUUUCAUGGCGUGUGUCAUCUUCCGGUUAGCCUUUUCUGGCGUAGCCUGCGAAAACAUCCGUUUCUCCUCGCUCUUCGCCGCUGGGGACGUUUCGCGCGGAGGAACGUCUGCGACUCAGCGACAGAAAUUCCAUACUGAUGACGCAAAUCAGCGUUUACUUAAUAAAUCCGGUAGUCGUGGGGCUCCAAAUGUAAAUUUAUUCAAUUUUAGGUUUCUACUGAUCGAUUUUGGUAAAGUGUUGUGUUCAUCUGCUAACGAGCUCCAGCAAAACUCAAAUGCUUGUUGUAGAGAAGACUAUAUUCCACAAAUAUUGACUGUUUUGUUAGAGAUUCAUCGCGUUUACAUUUGACCUUUGUGGCCUUUUGUCUUUUGUCUGUCAUUCGUAAACAAUAGCUAAAACAACUGUAACUACUCCGUCGACCAAUCAGGGCUUCUGACCGGAUUCUGGACAUAUUUUAUGUCAUCAGUAUGGAAUUUCUGUCGCUGAGUCGCAGACGUUCCUCCUCGCGAAACGUCCCCAGCGGCGAAGAGCGAGGAGAAACGGAUGUUUUCUCAGGCUAUUUCUGGCGUGUGUCGAUUUCACUCUGACUUUUUUCAUGGUGUCUUUCAGUAUUUUGCUCUCCAUUUAGUUUAAUAGCGUGUGUCGCUUACAAGUUGUUUUCACGGCGUGUGUUGCCUUCACGUUGUUUUCACGGCGCGUGUCGCCUUCAAGUUAGCGCAUUUCUAGCGAUAGACGCUUUCAGAGUAGAUUUUAUGAUGGGGUUCCUGGAUAGGCCUGAUUGGUGGCUCCCCUUUUCCCCUUAUUUGCUUCUUUUUUCCGGUUCUGUGUAAUGCUAUCACAUGGGGUACAUGUGCGUUGCCUUCGUGGUAAUGUAUUUCCAAUUUUCUUGCUUUUAGGCACCACCGUUGAACCUUCGGUUAAAAACGCACAAGUUUGCGUCAAAUUUGAUCCCUCCUGGUGUAGCAAAAAAGGAGAGCCCUUCAGCUGGCCUCUAGGAGAGUCUAUCCCAUAUCCCUCGCUUUCCCUUAGGGUGAGCUUCUGAAGUUGGGGUGGUAUAUGACGUUUUUUUGCCGGGGUUGUUGGCUAAGGACCUGUUUACAUGGAAGUGGAAAUUAUUUUCGUCCGUAUCUUAGUACCCCCCGCGUGUGCCAUAGAGGUGCAGCAUAACAAUGAAAAUUCUCCUACAAUUACCAGUAAAAUGUAGUCACGUUUAUGGAUUACGGCCGUAAACAUCUUCUAUAUGUGGUGCACCGUAUUAUCAUUAUGUAGAUGUUUAAAAUUUCAAAUGCUAUAUUUUCAUACAGUUUUAAAAAUCAGCAUUGUUAAAUGAUACUUAACAUUAUGCAUUUUCUUCAUAGAGGCCAUCUAGUUUAUCUUUUUUCUUGUAAUUUUCAAUUGUUGCCCCCUCCAAAUUAAGUCUCCGGUACUCCACUCUACAGUCAAAUACUGACAUUUCGAGCUUUACCCCUUGUUCAGAGCGAACGUCUGUGAUGCCCUUCAUCAUGGGCAACAUAACAUCUUGGAGAAGACGAAGACCGCUUGAUUGAAGGAUUUGUGCUAGCUUAGGCAUUUUCCAAGUCAAAAACGCCACGAUUCGCCUCUUCUUCUUCGUUUCUUCUUUUUUUUUAAUUUUUUUAUUUUUGCUUGUGGAGAGAUUCCCUCAAACGUUUUUCAAGGCCCUCACUUGCUCAAAACGGAAUAAUCCCGUAACCUUUGUCAAAACUGACAGUUUCUCGUAACAUAACAGAAAAUGAUGGCAUUUCAAGUCGCCAAUAACGUUUUCGUCCUCGUUUCACCUUAUUUCUUACAAACAAACAGCUCCUGCUAAACUUAUUUCGAGGCCUUCACUUGCUCAAUCCAAAAUAAUCCCGAAAACGUUUUCAAAACUGCGGGCUCUUGUUGGACAAAAACAAGAAAAGAAAUCUCCGGUGACGUAACUCCUUUGUCUGUACCCAAAUGGAUCAUGGGUAAUGAUCAUUCACAGCGCUCGAAGCAUUCAUUCUGCGAUACACAUAUUUCCAGAGAUAUAAUUAAAAUUCACACAUCUGGCUGCAAGGUUUUAUUUCGCACACAAAAAGUUCAUGACUCCCAUUUUAUAACUUUCAGAGAAAGGAAGAGAAAAGAAAAAGAAUUAAGGCGGAACGUAAGAUGGUAAGUUAUUGGAAAGGUAUGAGUAGUAAAUAGUAUGAAGUUCUUCCAGGCCAUGAUCGGACUUUUUUUGCGUCGCUGGUAUUCCAAGGGUUACAUUAUCGUCAUCAA